GUUUCCCAGCUUGAGGCAGAACGUAGAAAGUGUCAUUUUACGACAGUGAACGCAGCGGGACAGCUUUAUGGGGACGGCGGUGCAAGACUUUCCAUACCAGGAAUCCAUUAUCCAAGAUACUCAGCAAUCCCAUGUUGAACUCAGCCAAGACAGGCCUUCAUCUACUCAUAAUCAGGUGCUUCUAAAGACAAAGGCCUCCCACAUGUGAACAGGCAGAGCUCACACCUUCUCUGAUGGACACUGGACAAGUACCAGCAUUUUCAUUUAAGAGAUCCCCGAGUGAAGACAACACAAACAUUGAUACAACAGCAGUACCUCACAGUCAACCUCUCACCUUUCUCAGAUCCAGUCAAAGCCCUCUACUCGACUUUCUACCUCCAAGAGAAAGAAAAAAAAACACAAUAGGGAAUUUAUUUUCUGCUAUCGUAUCUCUCUUACUUUAUUGUGCAUCAUACUAUCCCUAUACCUCAGGGAAAGUGUCCCACUGCCUACCUCUUCCACCGACAGCCAACCUACUGGAAACAACUCCACAACUCUGACCUCUCUGUGCUGGAAGCGUGACAGAACCGCAGUUGCCUCUCAAACUCACAACACCACAACUGUGACCACCACCUGCGACCUUUGACUUAUCUGACAGCUCUCUGAUAAAAACACACAUGAACCUCAAGAAAGCAUAGCUACCACCCACCGGCAGCUACACACUCACUGUAAUAUCAUCCACUGGUUGUAAUGAUAACAAUAUUUCUGGUAGGCUAUUACAAUAUACCUCAAGACACAGAAGGGAACAGCGACUUGCUCAGUGCAUUACUUCUCUACACCUCAGUAUCUGCCCAUUUGCCUUAGAGGCAGAGGUACAGCAACAGUAGCCAAGGAGGCCUCCCGGAGAACAAGCUACAGCACUCAGGAGUUGAACCAGCCGGAAGCUUCACAGCAGUUGCCCUGUAGCAUUCAUCAACACGUGUCCAUAUUCACUCAACUCAGGGGAAGGCACAACUACACCAGACCCAUACCUUCAGAAAAACAAGCCAGCAUUUGAAGUGAAGAGAAGAAUGCAAUGUUUGUACUUUCUUCCUACGAUGUCCCGCCCUCCGUGCUUCACUCAGCCAGUCUCUGUUGAGAUUCUCCGAUGGCUCUCUAUUGAAGGGGCUGCCAGCGAAUGCUAAAGAGGCUGGCGAAGUGGGAGUCCAGCCUGUUGUCCUGUGAUUGGCUGCUGGACCAGACCAAGGCCACAUAGAGCCAAUGUCCAACAAACAGGAUAGCAACUCAUCAGAGGGAGAGGAGAAAGGGUGGCCCGAUGUCCCCAAAAGAAAGAGGAAGAACAGCCAGUGUUCUGUGAAGAGCAUGUCUGCUCUUAGUGUCUCUGUUGCAGGGUAUAUCCCCAGCUACCUGGAGAAGGAUGAGCCCUGUGUAGUGUGUGGGGACAAAGCCACUGGAUAUCACUACCGCUGUAUCACCUGUGAAGGCUGCAAGGGUUUCUUUCGCAGGACUAUUCAGAAGAAUCUUCACCCUUCCUACUCGUGUAAAUAUGAAGGCUGCUGCAUCAUUGACAAGAUCACUCGAAACCAGUGCCAGCUGUGCCGCUUCAAGAAGUGUAUCUCUGUGGGCAUGGCAAUGGACUUGGUGCUGGAUGACUCGAAGCGUGUGGCCAAGCGGCGGCUGAUAGAGCAGAACCGUGAGAAGAGGAAGAAGGAGGAGAUGGUGCGAAUGUUGCAGCUGAGGCCGGAGCCUGAUAGCUCAGAGUGGGAGCUCAUCAGGAUGGUCACCGAAGCCCACAAGAAUACCAACGCACAGGGCUCCAGCUGGAAACAGAAACGCAAGUUCAUGCCAGAUGACAUUGGCCAGGGGUCCAUGGUGCCCACCUCUGAUGGGGAUAAGGUGGACCUGGAAGCUUUCAGUGAGUUCACCAAGAUCGUGACACCGGCAAUCACCCGUGUGGUAGACUUCGCCAAGAAGCUCCCUAUGUUUUCUGAGUUACCGUGUGAGGACCAGAUCAUCCUCCUGAAGGGCUGCUGUAUGGAGAUUAUGUCCCUCCGGGCCGCUGUGCGCUAUGACCCGGAGAGUGAGACACUCACGCUCAGUGGAGAGAUGGCCGUGAAGCGGGAGCAGCUGAAGAACGGCGGUCUGGGAGUGGUGUCAGACGCCAUCUUUGAUUUGGGCAAAAGCUUGGCCCAGUUCAACUUGGAUGACACAGAAGUGGCGCUGAUGCAGGCUGUGCUGCUCAUGAGUUCAGACCGCUCAGGACUAACCAGUGUGGACAAGAUCGAGCAGUGUCAGGAGUCCUUCUUGCUGGCGUUCGAGCACUACAUCAACUACAGAAAGCACAACAUUCCCCACUUCUGGCCCAAACUGCUGAUGAAAGUUACGGACCUGCGCAUGAUCGGAGCAUGCCACGCCAGCCGCUUCCUCCACAUGAAGGUGGAGUGUCCUAACGAACUUUUCCCACCACUCUUCCUCGAGGUGUUUGAGGACCAGGAAGUCUAACUGUAAAACACAGGCCAUGACUUAGGACACAACACAACAAUACAGCCACUAUCACAUUCAGUUCAAAAGUA